AUGUUUCUUUUCCAUAAUAUAAACUGGGAAUGGAAGAAAUUCGAAAAUAGAAAGAGAGAGAGAGACAGAAAGAGGGAAAAGAGAGAAGUGUGCAUAAUAGGACUAUCACAAGAAAUAGGGUGUAUUUCAAGAUCGGGGUGGUGUUGUGGGUUAGAAGAAAGUGUUUUCAUUAAAGAAAAAAUAAAUGACAGAAGAGAAAAAAGAUUAAAGUGGUAG